GCAUCAUGUCUAUGAUGAAUAUGGCGAGUUUGGCGGAUUUCGAGCCGCUCGCGGCAGUUAUUCCCGCCACGAAAGUUGAGAUCACCGUGUCGUGCAGAAACCUCUUGGAUAGAGACACAUUCUCAAAAUCUGAUCCAAUUUGUGUGCUGUACACUCAGACGGUGGCCAACAGGGAGUGGCGAGAGUUUGGCAGAACAGAAGUCAUCGAUAACACACUGAAUCCAGACUUUGUGCACAAAUUCAUCCUCGACUACUUCUUUGAAGAGAGACAAAAUCUACGCUUUGACCUGUAUGACCUUGACUCCAAGAGUGAAAACCUGUCAAAACAUGACUUCCUGGGUCAGAUGUACUGUACUCUAGGAGAAGUGGUGGGCUCGCUGGGUAGCCGUAUGGAAAGACCACUCAUAGGCAUUCCUGGGAAGAACUGUGGGACCAUUAUUAUAAAAGCUGAAGAACUCGGAAAUUGCAGGGAGUCAGUAUUGAUGCAAUUUUGUGGCAACAAACUGGACAAGAAAGAUUUCUUUGGGAAGUCAGACCCUUUCCUGGUCUUUUACCGUAGCAAUCAAGAUGGAACAUUCACCAUCUGUCAUAAGACUGAGGUGGUGAAGAACACAUUGGAUCCGGUGUGGCAAGCGUUCAAGAUCCCAGUCAGAGCGCUGUGUAAUGGUGAUUAUGACAGAGCAAUAAAAAUCGAGGUGUAUGACUGGGACAGAGAUGGAGGUCAUGACUACAUCGGGGAGUUCAGCACGAGCUAUAGGGAGCUGUCUAAAGGCCACUCGCAUUUCACUGUGUGGGAGGUGCUGAACCCCAAGAAAAAGAAAAAGAAGAAGAAAUAUCUGAACUCUGGAACCGUCACUCUGCUGUCCUGUUUCAUUGAUGUGGAGGUCACGUUCCUGGACUACAUCAAAGGAGGCACACAAAUUAACUUCACGGUGGCGAUCGAUUUCACAGCAUCAAAUGGUAACCCCUCCCAGCCCACCUCUCUGCACUACAUGAGCCCGUAUCAUCUGAAUGCAUAUGCUCUGGCCCUCAGAGCUGUUGGUGAGAUUAUUCAGGACUAUGACAGUGAUAAACUCUUCCCUGCACUGGGCUUUGGUGCAAAACUGCCACCUGAUGGCCAUGUGUCUCAUGAAUUUCCCCUGAAUGGGAACCCUGAUAACCCAUACUGCAGUGGUAUAGAUGGAGUUCUAGGGGCGUAUUAUCAGAGCCUGAAGUCUGUGCGAUUGUAUGGACCAACAUACUUUUCACCUGUUAUCAACCAUGUAGCACGAUAUGCAUCAUUAGUAAAGGAUGGAUCAGAAUACUUCAUACUCCUUAUCAUCUCAGAUGGGGUCAUCUCUGACAUGGCUCAAACUAAAGAAUCCAUCGUAAACGCCUCUAGUCUUCCCAUGUCAAUUAUAAUCGUUGGAGUCGGGCCGGCCGAGUUUGACGAGAUGAUUGAACUGGAUGGAGAUGAGGUGAGGAUAUCAUCCAGAGGGCGAUUUGCAGAGAGAGACAUUGUACAGUUUGUUCCGUUCCGAGACUACAUCGAUCGAAGGGGGAAUCACAUUCUCAGCAUGGCCCGUCUGGCAAAGGACGUUCUUGCAGAGAUCCCAGACCAGUUCCUGCAGUACAUGCGGUGCAGGGGCAUCAAACCACAGCCUUCGUCCCGCUCCUCCACCUCUUCCAAACCUUCAUCGACACACACAAACCCGGUUCACUCCCUCCAAACCCAAAUCUGA